UUUGUCUACGGAUUUGAACAAUUUAAUUUCUCUCUCUAAAAAAACAACAAUGGCUGGAUACCCACACAAUCAACCGGGCUACGGUUACGGACAGUCCCCGGCGGCUCAGCCUUACGGUUCAUCUCCAUACGGCGGUCAUCCUCCUCCUUCCGGCGGUCAACAAUCAUACGCUCAAUAUGGCGCCGCUCCUCAAUCCUCUUAUGGCGCUCAUCAGCAAGCAUCUGCACCUUACGCUCCCCAAUCCGGUUAUAAUAAGCCCCAAAAAGACAAUUCAUACGGCUACGGCGCCCCACCACCAUCUUCUACCUAUCCUCCUCAGCCGCAGGGAUACGGAAGCGCCUUCGCUUCCUUAGUUCCGUCCACUUUCCCUCCAGGAACGGAUCCGAACGUAAUCAUGUGUUUUCAGGCCGCCGAUCAGGACGGAAGUGGAUUGAUUGACGAUCAUGAAUUGCAGAGGGCUUUAUCUUCUUAUAAUCAGAGCUUCAGCUUGCGCACCGUUCAUCUUCUUAUGUAUCAUUUCACUAAUACCAAUACCAGAAAGAUUGGGCCAAAGGAAUUCACAUCAUUGUUCUACAGCCUUCAGAAUUGGAGGGCAAUAUUCGAGAGGUUUGAUGCUGAUCGCAGUGGGAAGAUCGACUCAAGAGAAUUGAGAGAUGCUCUACUUAGCCUUGGAUUCUCAGUAUCACCAACAGUGUUGGAUUUGCUUGUUUCAAAAUUCGAUAAGACUGGUGGGAAAAGCAAGGCUGUUGAAUAUGAUAACUUCAUCGAGUGCUGCCUCACUGUUAAGGGAUUGACUGAGAAAUUCAAGGAGAGGGACACUUCAUACUCAGGAUCAGCUACUUUCACAUAUGAAGCCUUCAUGUUGACUGUUCUUCCCUUCCUCAUUGCAUAGAAGAAAGAAACCUUGAAACUUUGAAUUAGCAGUUAAAAUACUUUGAACUUUGGUGCAUUUGCAUUAUGUAUGUUUUUUUUUUGGUUUACUGGUUGUAUUUUCUUUUUGAUUCUGUGGAAUUGUUUCAUAACUACAAUAUGUUGUAUUAUUAGUUUUCUUAAUGAAGUUGAGAUAAAACACCA